AUGCGGCUCAUAAAUGUUCAAACCUUCGAGGUCAGAGAGUCCUAUGGGCUUGACAAGGCACCUUACGCCAUUCUCUCCCACACCUGGGGCGUCGAGGAGGUCAGCUUUCAAGACUUCCAAAGGGGCGGCGCGACGCAUUUACUUGGCUUCCGCAAGAUCCAGUCCGCAUGCCGACGGGCUCUCCGUGAUGGCCUGGAGUGGGUAUGGAUCGACACAUGCUGCAUCGACAAAACUAGCAGCGCCGAGUUGAGCGAAGCCAUUAACUCGAUGUACCAUUGGUACUCGCAAGCUUCGUUGUGUUACGCAUACCUCGGCGAUGUUAUCGCUCCUAAUAAUGACGGCGGCGGCUUGCAUGAUCACAUUCAGAGCACUCGCUGGUUUACUCGGGGCUGGACUCUUCAAGAGUUGAUCGCGCCCCCUCAAGUUAUUUUCUUUGAUGCAAAUUGGACGCCCAUCGGAACGAAGACUGGCCUGGCCCACUUGAUCUCCAAGGUGACCCAUAUUCCGUUGUCCUGCCUAUUAGGUUCUGCCCGACCCUCUGAGUUUAGUGUGGCUGCUAGAAUGUCAUGGGCGUCAUUGCGGCAAUGUACACGUGGAGAGGAUAUUGCAUAUUGUCUUAUGGGCUUGUUUGGGGUCAACAUGCCCCUCCUGUACGGGGAAGGAGGCUCGAAAGCGUUCAGCCGCUUACAGUUGGAGAUAUUACAGACCACCGAUGAUCAAUCGCUUCUUGCUUGGGCCACACGAGACACCAUACAGCAUCAUGGGAUGUUGACGAGCGUGCUUGCCAAAUCACCUGCUGACUUCUACGGCUUUGGAGACAUCCAGGUCGUAUCUCCGGAUAUCAGGAGACCUACUGCCAUGACGAACAUUGGUCUCCACAUUUCUCUU